UUUCUCUUCUUUUUUUUUUCCUCUCUUUACUUCAAUGUCUAACAAGGUCGCUCAUCAAGAUAAAAGACAUGACCUUAGUUUGACCUUAAUAUAUCAAUCGCUUCAAAAACCACACUCCUCAACAAGUGUUGCCUGUCGUCACGAUCUACACACGGCUUCGGUCAAACAACUUGAUUACACUCUACGAAAAAUAAAAAGUUAUACGAAGCAAGCGACUUGGCCACCUCGUCGGCUUGUACGUUGCCUUGAUUAUAUUUUCACUCAUGGGUUUAAAUCGUCACCCGAUUUACAAGAUCUUGUUCAAUUACCAUCACUCAAGGCCUGUGUGCGCUGGGUUUUGACUGCAGUAGACGAGGAAUCAGAGUUAGGCACCGUGAAAUUCAUUUGCAACUUGCUUGAAACGCUUGCUACAAAGCUACCUGAUUCUCCUUACACAGUAGAUAUCUUAACCGAAAUAAAGGCACGCCAUGGUCCCAAACUACUUUUAGACGGGUCUAAUCACGCUAACCAUGCUGUCCGUACUUAUAGUAUUAGAGCCUUAUCAGCCAAAUUACAGUUUUUUGCCAAACAUCUGAUCACUUUAGACGCCUAUGCAAUAUUAUCUCAAUCCCUGUUCGACAUACCUAAUUUAUUGCACCUCUUAAUGCUGAAGCCGCCUGUAUCCGAUGCUUCACAAAAGCGAGCAGAGUUAGAACAAUGCAUCAUGACUUGUCGACUGUUAGAAUCGAUCUUUAAAUAUGAACAAUUAGAUCAAAUUUCAGAACAACGAAAAUCUUUUGCGGAUUCCCAAGUCUUUUUCAAACUAGUAUUUGUAUGGCAUCAGGUAUGUCAUCAUGAAUACGCUAUCUUGAUGAAUGAUCAGGCACCUCUCAAGAUCAAAAAUGAGCAAUGGUUGAUUUAUUCACUUACGACCAUUAUCCAAAAAUGCACAUGUAUAUCACAAAAGGCUGCUAGUUGUGUAGCUACAGAGGGGCCUCGCUCUCAAUGGCAGCCUUACAUGACUUUACUUUUACAACGUUGGAUUCGUGGCACUUGUUGUUCAAUGAAUACCGUUGUAAUUACACAAGCUACUUUAAACACAGAAAAGAGCAUACUGAAAAAGCUUUUGCAAAUAUCUUUAGAUAUGGCGCCAAUUUUACACCACCACAUGUUUUGGCAAGAUUAUGUAGAUCAGACCGUUUGCGAUUUAACAAAUUUUUUUAUGGCCUUCAUUUCACAACCCAUUUUACCAGAACAAGCCGCCACAAUUGGCACCCAAUCCACCUUAUUGCAUACCAACCUCUGUAUCGACGUCGAAGAGCGUGGAUUUACUGUCACGGGGGAAAUGCUAAACACACACCAAGAUCUCCUUGUUUUGCUAUUCGAAUCGUUUAUUCAACAUGUGCAAUUAGCGUCUGUUGAAUUCAUAAAGUUGAUAUCAGGCCGCGUUGCUUGGUGCUUAAAAUCCAUCUUGAACGUACUCUUAAAAGCCAGUCAACUAGAAACCUCGGGACUUCGUACACGUAUUUUGAAAUUGAUCGUGUUUUUUCUGCACUAUUAUGAUGCUAUCGAUAUCCUAGCCACUUCCACCACAUCAAUCUCUCCCUAUGUAUGGGGUCCCACCAUUGAAUUGGCCAAAAAUGGAUUACUGACAGCCAUGUCACUCUCUCUUGACACCGAUCUUACAACUCAUCAAACCAAUGUUAUCUACAAAGCUAAACGAGCAUUUGUAUCUCUCGAAAUGAUUUCGACCCACCCAAGGGCAUGCGAGAGAUUGGUGGAUUGCAACGUGCUACAGUUGGUUGAUAUCUCAUUAAUACCAUCAGGAGAUAUCAUGGAAAAGACAUCCUCUCUAUUGGCUGUGUAUGCACUAUUUGUUAGAUUUAUUGCUGCAUUAUCAAGAAGAACAGCGUUUGUUAGAACUCGGCUAAGAGAUGAAUGCAAUUUGUUUCCAAUGAUCAUGAAGCUGUUACAAGAAGCCAUUGAGCAUAAGGAGGCAAAAGGGGAUGAUACGACUAUAAGACUAGGCUGGACUCAUGUCAUAUCCAGCUGUUUAUUAGUAGUAAGUUCGUUCCAAUACGAUGAUGCUUCUAUGAGAAUGUGGCUUUCUUGGAUUCAAGGGGAUCAGAGUGAUGACACAGAGAUGGCCGACGUAGAUUCAACAAUGCUACCCGCUUCUAAACCAAGACAUGCAUCUAUUCUGCCUUCCAUAUUAACCAUAUUAUUUCCUUGGAGAUCAAAAGAAUUGGAUAUCAAGGAGGUUUUGAAAUCAAGCGAUCAUUAUCAGGUCAUUAUUUUGGCAGCUCAAGUACUGGACCAGUUAUCAGGAAUUCCACUAUGUGGUCGACAAAUGAUCAUGGAUGAUACUGCGCUCAGUAAUUUAUCAAGCCUAAUGAUUGCACUUACAACAGCAGCUGUGUGCAAGGAAAAGAUGCAAAUAGAUCAAAGUACGAUGGUAAUGUGCAAAGACAAAAUUGAAGGACAAGCGCUAGAUGAGUUUACGGAGACGAUGAUGACGGAGGGAGAUAAACCUGCAGUGACGGAAGAAUCUCUAAACUAUCAAUGUGCUGGAUACUUGCGUAAAAGCGCGAUUCGUAUGUUGACUUGUCAUGAUAAUAUCCAGUUUACGAUCCUCAGCGAUGCAUUCACCACUUUCUUUUGUUCGAUGCUUCAACACCCAGCUACAGGUACCUCCCAUGAAUAUUGGCGUCGAGCGAUUUGUGAGGAUUUAUAUGAAAAGAAGUUUUCGGAUUUUAUGAGUUUGUAUAAAUUUACAGAGGUAUCAGGUGAUCAUGCCAUUAAAUUGAAUGAAUUUACGGCUAUUGCUGUAGGUUAUUCUACUAUUGGGGCGACUACGGCCGAAGAAUGGAAUUUGGCGCUUGGUGUGUCAAUUUUAGAAGGAGGAAUAGUAAAUAGUAAACAUAUCUUUGGCAUCUUCUGUCAAAUGUUAGUGUACGAACUUGAAGAAGAAGAAGAAAAGGUGUCUGAUUCAUUACUGACGUUAAUUACGCCGUUCCGAAGAAAUGCAGCUGCACAAGUGAUGGAGAGUCUGGCGUUUGAAUUCGAGAUUAUAUGGCAAACUGAAACAGACUCGAUACGAGAUACAGGGUUUUCAGCCAAUUGUCUGCAGCUUCAAAACCCUGUUGAAACUGUUUAUUUUCGUGCAGAUGAUUCAAGUGAAGUGAUACCAGGUAAUCGACAACUUUUGCGGGCUAGGUCACCUAUUUUUGAGGCGCUGUUAAGCUCUGACUAUGCGGAAGAAAGCCAUUUGGCAUCGUCACAAGCAAUCCUUUUACAUGAUGUAACGUUUCACGGUUUAAAGUUAUUUAUAUCCAUCAUUCAUCAAUUGAACGACGAGUCUUCUGAUGUUCUCGAUACAUCGAUUACCCAUUGGCCGGAUAUUGUGGAGCUGCUUCAGAUAUCGGACAGGUUUGGAUCCACACUUGUGAAACAGCGCUGUGAACAUUGGGUGUUGGAUAGAGUUAAACAUUUGCAUACAAUCACUCCACAAGAAAGGCGUAUUUAUUUAGAAGGCUUAUUAUGCCUCUAUCGUCAAUGUCGGGAUCCAAUCGAAUCAGAUGGCGGUAUUACAUCAAAUACGUGGCCGUUUGCUGUCUUGACAAGAGAAUCAUUAAAAGCCAUCAGUCAAUACAUGACAGAAUCAUGUCAAACGGAAGAAUUUAUUAAAAUGGUGAACGAGAAAGAUUUUGAGGAGCUGGAUUCAUUUUGUGAUGGUUUAGCUUCGUUAAUUAAAAAAUAAAUUUUUUGUUGAUU